AUGCCCUUCCCGCAAACCCCCUACACCUACACCGCCCAUCUCCUAACCACCCUCCUCCUCCUAACCCUCACCUUCCACCCGACCCCAACAACCGCCUACUACCAACUAGCCUCUCGCAGCAAACGCGGCGAAUGGUUCGGAAACUUCCCAAAGUACACCUCCGGCAGUCGCAUGGGCGACAACAAAGUCACCAAAUGCAUCUCCUACACAAACACCAGUGACCGCGGUGCCGUUAUCGCCGUCACAAUCUACAACCAACCGGGAUUAGGAACCAGCGCACCCGUAUUCGCUUUCUACGAGGAUACCGUCUGUGGUGGUAAGGGAUCCGGGGCUAGAAACCCCACUUUUGUUGCGGUUUUGGAUAAACCGUUUGCUGGCGGGGAGGAUGGCGAGGAGGAGUACUAUAACCCUGAUGACGUCGAUGGGGUUUGGUUGAUUAAUCUACUUCAGGCAACAGGAAAGGAACCGACGUUUAAAACUAUGAAGGCGUUGGAUUAUGCUUCUGAAUUGCAUCCUAAGGGUUUACUCGCAGGAACGGAGGAUGAUCCGGCGCAGGUGAUAUAUAGAUGGAAUAAUAAAGGUGUUCGAGAACGGAAUUACAUCACGGGAUCGGUUGUAAAGAUCGAAGAGCCUGGUGGGAUUAUUGAAAGACUAACUACCAGCUCGGAUAUGUACAUGGCUAUUCGAGAUUUAACCGAGCGAGCACUUCGUCCCGGGUCUGAGAAUAUUCCAAACCCUUUACCCAAAUAUUUUCAACAAGUGGUUAACGGGGAAGUUGCUGGUGGUUUGACAGCGCCAUACUUGGGUGAUGCUAUAAACAGCGAGGCUGAUAUCAGAAGGAAGAAAAUAGAAAUGAGAAGACAGAGUAAGCAGCAAAGGAUAGAAAACCCACAAGGGAUAAAAAAUAUUCUGUCAGCGAUUGAAAGGGAACAAGAAGGAGACAUGAGUGAUACAUCUGUUCAAGUCGAGCUUGAGGAUUUCCUUGCAAGUUUAGAUGACGAUGAGCCGGAACCACGAAUCGAGGAGCCGAAACCACAGGCUCAAGAACCAGAACCACGAAUUGAAGUCUCAGGACCACGGAUUGAUCUUGAAGGGCCUGAAUCGAGAUCUGAAGAAUUCGACCAGCUCCGCAAAGACCUAGAGCUAGAACCGGCAGCAGCGACACUAGACCAAUCAAACAUCAUCCAGCAAGAAGCACAACCCGCCGUAGAGGAAUUCGAAGGCGAUCUUUACAUGGAUGUCAUUGGCGCCAAAGUACUACCCGAGAAACAGCUCAUCGAAGUAGAGUACGGCGGAAGCGAAACACCAGAUGACCAAAGACUCGUCAAGGCGCCCGAGCCAAUCGACGACCUCGAUAGCCAGGACAGUAGAAAUAGUGCCCGUGCCCGUGCCUUCCAGCAGUUUAUGGAAAAGGCAGCAAGCAUACAACCGGGCCCGGACCAACAGGUAACUGAAACUAUACCCCCAAUAAAGACAGAAUGGGAAUUGGGAGAUCCAGUUACGCCUGUCUCGUUAAGGAUUCGGCCCGAUGGCGUUACCAUAGUACCAAACCCCCAAAAUCAAAAAGUUCCCAUUACCCAGCCUUCCAAAAAAGCUCGAGUCCAGCUCGAGGAUCCCAUAGUAAUAUCCUCAGACGGAUCCGUUGCUGAAGAGGAACCACGAGCGGCAGACGUCAUGGAAAUAGAAGAAGAAAUAGUCCAGGAUGCUCAAACCGGACAAAUUCUACCCCAAGCUAUAGUCGAAGAACAGGUACAAGAACAAGUCGAAGAACAAGUCCAACAGCAAAUCCAAGAGCAAAUCCAAGAACAAAUCCAAGAGGAAAUCCAAGAACAAAUCCCCCAACCCCAAAACCCCAAUAUAAACCAAGAAGAAUUCCCAAUCGAAAGAAUCGCCGCAGUAGACGCAAUCGAAGAAGAAGAACCUCUAGCUCUCCAAGAAAUCCAACAAUCAAUCCAACAAUCAAUCCAACCCCAACCCCAAUCCGAACAAUUCCCACCCCCGCAAGCAAGAACCCGGGAGAGCGGUGAAUCCUCCCAAUCGGCCCUCAGGUUUCGAGACAGCAUGAUGGGCUUUCAGCUGGAACCUUUCAUAAGAAGGUCCAGUACUUCGACGGGUAGGAGACCACGUGGUAGUCGACAGUCAGAACAAUCCUUACCACGUGCAUCUUUCGAUGACAUAGAAAACCCACUGCCCGCCUCAAUACCAAAUUCAAAUGAUAGGAUAGCCUUGGAAAGUUUCCUAGAACAAGAAGAUCAGUUACCAAGGGGUGAAGGCUCAUUUGAAAACUAUGAAGGAUUUGUGGCCGGAAGAAGGCGGGGCUCGGGUAGUCCACCAACAUAG